CCCCCCCCCUCUGUCUAUGUGUAUGUAUCUAUUGACUGCCUGCAUUUUAUAUAUCUCUCUCCAUCCAUUCAUUCAUUCGCAUAGUUGAUUGAUACCAAGAAAGACUGAGGAAAGGUCGACGAGAGAGAUAGAAACAUGCCUUCUUCUCUUCAGCUUCACAGGAUCAACCCCUUAAAUCACUGCUCCGCCGCGACGGUGGCGGGUUUUCACCACAAACAGGAGAAGCCCAUGUUGGUCUGUCCGGUUUCCGGCGAGAUUUCGGUGCCGGAGAAUGUGCUGCUUAACCACGCGCACGUGGUGGGGGAGAACCAGUGCUGUUCCGCGACGGUGCAGGCGAUCGACGCCCCCGUGGACACAGUUUGGUCCGUGGUGCGUCGCUUCGACAAGCCGCAGGAGUACAAGCACUUCCUCAAGAGCUGCGACGUUAUCCUGGGCGACGGCGACGUGGGCACUCUACGGGAGGUGCGCGUGGUGUCGGGCCUUCCGGCGGCGUGCAGCACCGAGAGGCUCGAGAUCUUGGAUGAUGAGAGGCACGUGAUGAGUUUCAGAGUGGUGGGAGGCGAGCACCGCCUGCAUAACUACCGGUCAGUCACCUCCCUCCAUGCAGCGCCGCCGGGCGGAAGUAGUGGGACGGUGGUGGUGGAGUCGUACGUGGUGGAUGUGCCGCAGGGGAACACGAAGGAAGAAACGUGCGCGUUUGUUGAUACCAUUGUGAGGUGCAAUCUGCAGUCGCUGGCUCAGAUCGCUGAAAAUUUGGCCAAAAAUGGCAGUAAAUCGUCUUAACUUUAAUGUAUUUUUUGGUUAUUGAUAAAAAAACACGACUCUUGUUUUCUUUUUGUACUGUAGAUGAUGAAUGUCAUGAUAGAUUGUUAGAUUUUCUGGAAUACAUGGGCUGAUGAUUUGAAUUAA